AUGGAACUUCAUGGCUGCCCCUACGACAUCCUAGGCGUUGCAGAGGAUGCUGCUUUGAAGGAAAUAGAAAGGGCCUACAGGAAGCUGGCCCUCAAGAGCCACCCUGAUAAGUUCCAGGGGCCUCAGGCAGAGCGACAACAAGUGAAAGAAAUGAUGCAAAAGAUCAACUACGCUAACGACAUCCUACGUGACGCUGACGAAAGAGAAGAAUACGACACUCUCAGGGGCUUCGUCAAGGACGUUGUGGAUAAGCUGUUCGAAGAUCCAAGUUUCCCGAUGAAUCCGAUGAUGAAGAAGAAGAUGAGUCAGAACUGUCUGAGGAAGAGGAAGAAUGUGAUGAAGAGGACGAAGAGGAGGAAGAGGACGAAGAGGAAGAAUCUCCUGGCACGGCGACACAAGAUUGGUGGGGUUUCCAAUGCCAGCGUGCUCGAAGUGUUCAUUGCAACUACCUCUACAACAUAUGACCGUAGAUCUAAUACCUCAACAGCUAUAACAAACUUUUAA